AAACAGUAAUUCCCUGUUUGGCUCCAAAUAAUCAUGAACUCCGAGAAGCUUGCUCUUGAUAAGAAAAUACAAGACUGUUGUACAUCAUGUAGAUUUCCCGAGGCAUUAAAGUACUGUGAAGAGAGCUUGAAAAAAGCGAGAGAAACCGAAGACAAGAUAUGGGAAAUGCAAGCAUACAGCAACUUAGCAGCUGUGCUUAAUUCAUUAUCAAGAUUUCAUGAGGCAAUUGAUUAUUCUCAAAAAUGUUUGGUGAUUGCUAAUGAAAUACAAGACAAGAAGAUGAUGGCAAGAGUACAUGAUAACCUGGCUAAUGCCUUUCAAAGGAUAGGAAAGUCAGAGGAGUCAAUCAAGCACUGCAAAGAACUUCUUGAAAUUGCCAAUGAUUCAAGUGACAAAAAAGGUCAACAACAAGCCUACUUACUUUUCGGGAAUGCCUACAAAUCCUUAGGAAAGUACAAGACCUCCAUGGAUUAUUAUGAUAGCUGUUUAGAAAUUGCCAAGGAAAUUGGCGACAAACUUAUGCAGGGACGUGCUUAUGGGAACAUCGGGGUUUUGUCUAAAGCACAAGGAAACUACCAAAAAGCCAUCGAAAACCAUAAGAAAUAUCGGGACAUCGCCAUAGAAACGGGAAACCUACAAGGCGAGGCAAAUGCUAACGGGAACUUGGGGGUUGCAUAUCGAUUACUGGGUAAAUAUGACCAAGCAAUUCAGUGUCAUGAAAAAAAUAUAAGUAUCGCUAGAAAGAUAGGAGACAGGAAGGGAGAAGGGAAUGCAAUUGGAAGCAAGGGGAAUGCUUACAAGGCAUUAGGAAAAUACCAAGAAGCAAUCGAUUGCUACAAAGAAGGUUUGGAAAUAGCGAAGGAAAUUAAAAGCAAAGACAGCGAGUUGAAUGCCUAUGGACAGUUAGGAAGUGUCUAUCAGCUCAUAGGGGAAUUCAAAAAGGCAAAUAAAUGCAAUAAGCAAUGCCUCGAGAUCGCCAAACACAUUGGGGACAAAAAUAGUGAAGCAAAAGCAUAUGGGCAGUUGGGUGCUGGAUAUCAAGGAUCAGGAGAAUACGAUGAAGCCAUUAAACACUACCAGAAAUUCUUUAACAUCGCUAAAGAAAUUGGAGAUAGAAAUGGGCAGAUGGCUGCUUUAGGUGACCUGGGCGAUGCCUAUCGCUUAUCUGGAAUGUAUGAAAAGUCGAUCGAUUCUACCCAAAAAUGUCUCGAUUUAGCUAAAGAGAUGGACGAUAAAAGUGGACAGGCAAAGGCUUGUUUUUCAUUCGGUCAUUGCUAUUAUGUGUUAAGCUACAAACAAAAUGGCAAAUGGAAUGGAAAAGAUCGGCACGCUUUAUUGCGUGAAUCAGAGAAGUACCUCAAGGAGAGUCUUCAAAAUUAUGAAUGGAUUUUUGAUCAUUUGGAGAAAGGGCAAGAUCAAUUCAAGAUCUCGAUUGUCGACACGUUUGUCCACGCGUACAAACUACUGACGACAGUAUACAUCAAGAUGCAGCAAAACGAAGCAGCACUUCUAACGUGUGACCGAGGUAGAGCUCGUGCCUUGAGAGAUCUUUUGGCGACCAAAUACGAAAUGGAAAUGGACACAGGCCCUCGAAGAAGAUUACAGUACUCUGAUGUUGAGAGCAUUAUGUCGAAUCCAAGCUCCUGUAUUUUGUUUUUUGGAAUGGUUAUGCGGCCUCAUAAGAAGAUAGACAAUAACGUUAUAGAAGGUGGCGCGGCUACUUGGCUAAUAACACACGACAAUCCACUUUGUAUGAAACAUGACAGUGAAUUUGAUAAGUUCGGGUUUUCGUCCCAAAAACCUGCAAAUGAAUACGUCAAUGAUCUUGUGAAUCAGGCGUUCACUGAAAUGGAGGUUAGACGAGCUGUGGAUUGCGAAGAUCGAUCGCUAGACACCAACUUGGACAUAAGAUGCAUAGAAGAUGUGAAGUAUGAUGGAGAACCCGCUUUGGAGAAACUGUUUGAUAUGUAUGUGUCUCCAAUACAAGACAAGCUCGCUACUCAGGAAGAGAUCGUCAUCAUUCCUGAUGGAGGACUUUUCACCGUUCCAUUUGCUGCUCUCAAAGAUCCAAAAACAAAGUCAUAUUUCUUUAAAGAUAAGCGAAUUAGACUUGCACCUUCACUGACCACAUUGAAAAUUUUAAGAGAAUCCUCAGUGGACUCCAAGAGAACGACAGGCGCGCUAAUCGUUGGAGAUCCUGAAGUGGGAAAAGUAAUGUUUCAAGAUGGAGAAAAACAUUUUUGUCGACUGCCAGGAGCGAAGAGUGAAGCCGAAAUGAUCGCUAAGAUGCUUGACGAGAACGCAAUUACAGGGUCACGAGCAACCAAACAAAUCAUCAAGCAAAGAUUACAAGAAGAAGUAGCUGUUGUACACUUUGCGGCACACGGCAGCACUGAAGGAGAAAUUGCAUUGACACCGGAUACAUCUGUAGUAGACGGCAGUAUCCCACAAGAAAAAGAUUACCUGUUGACAAUGAAAGAAGUCCAAGAGAUCGGUAUCAAGGCACAUCUAGUCGUGUUAAGCUGUUGUCACAGUGGUCGUGGUGAGAUCAAGGCAGAGGGCGUGAUAGGAAUGAGUCGUGCUUUCUUAGCUGCAGGAGCUCGGGCUGUCGUUGGAUCACUGUGGGCCAUCGCUGACCAAGCAACGAUGGAGUUCAUGAAGAGAUUCUACACACAUCUCRAGGAAAGAGAAAGUGCUAGUUCAAGUCUUCUUAAAGCCAUGCAAGACAUGAGGAAUAUACGUGAGUAUGAAGAUCCAAGGUUUUGGGCUCCUUUCUUUUUGAUUGGCGACGACGUCACAAUUUUCUAAAAAAAUACGGUAGCUGGGUCAGGUUACUGAUAUUUCUUGACAACAUGUCAAAAUUCAAGGUCACUAGUACCCCCCCCCCGGUUAUUUGAAUUCACGUUAUACUUGUCUGCUUAUCUUGUCUAACAAUUUUUCACUGAAGGUGAAGUGAAUAUCAGUGAAUAUUUACAAUGACAUAGUUAAGGUAAAUAUUCACCAUAUUUACUGAGCCUGAGGUGAAUUGCUUUAGCAUAAUUUGAUUCUUAAUAAAUACUUAAUAAUACUGAAUAUCAGAGAAAAGAGAAAAGUCCUACAACUUGAAUAUUGGUAACUAAAACGUUAAAGAAAAGUAUAAUAUAUUAGGGAAUGAGUAAGUAAAUGUAUCGGUUGUAACUGACGAUGGCAGAAGUCGCUGCUAAAACAUGUUUUGCAAAUUAAAGGGUAUGCUAUUAGUUGCUAUCAGUUUACUGAGUACAACACCAUCCUGAAAUGAAUGAAUGAAAUUAAGUAUGUAUAAAUGCUUGAAUGAACAAUGAAUGAAUGAAGAAACAAGUAAAAAAUGGAUGGGAAAGAAAUGGGGAAAAAAUAUUGAGUUCAUUAGAAAGGAUGAGCAAGCAAACAAAUAAAGAGAUUAGCUUGAAUGAAAAGAUGGAUGAACGAUAAAUGGAUGAAUCAUUAAAUGAAUGAAAUAAACAAAUAAUWAAAAAAAUCAAAUGGAUGAAUGAAUGAAAAAAUGAAUGAAUGGAUGGAUGCACAUAAUUGUUUAAAUACAAUUACUCACCAGCCAUUGUCGAUAUUCCUAAUGCAGCAACAAGAGUUAUAGCAAUGUUCUUUCCCUUGAUUAAAAAAAAACAAUAUUAGACAUCAAGUCUCAAUAUGUUACAUGAACGAUAUUAUCUUGAAUAUGCUGUAGCUGCAAUUAUCAAUGUAAUAUAUCUAUAUAUACAUGCUGCUGCAUCAUUAUAGCAUACCUAGAAAUCCAAAGCCAAUAGAGGCUUUGCACCAUCAUGUGACCAGCAUAACAGGAGGCGCAACAAUAGAGUAUUUUUCCCCUGUGAAACUGAAUUCUUUCUCGUGUAAAUCGAAUGAUACCAGAUUCCAUUGUUCCUGCCUCCUGUCAUCGCUGCCAUCACAUGAUGGUGCAAAGCCUCUAUAAAUGGAAUUGCACUGUGAAAUGAAGCUAAACAGAACAAAUAAUAAUUGGUACAUGGGUCAAUCUGUUGUCAAUCUACAGGAGGAUCAAUGGAUGCCCUAUUGUAGUGAGCAUGCCACUAAGCACAGCAUGAGUGAAAAACGUCUGUGCAUGCUCUGAAUCCAUAUGCAAAUUAGUCAAAACAUAUGUAAAUUUGACUUUCAAACAUGCCUGAUAAAUUUGACUUUACAAAAUGCCAAAACUUAGUGUUCAUGCUUGAAACUUAAGGCUAAUUUUUUCAUAUUCGUGUUUUUUAAUACAGUAUCUUGGUCUAACAAAAGUAUACUCAUGAUGUUUUUCGCAUUCUUGGAGAAAACAACAGUUAUUUUCUCACUCAAAUUCUUAGAAAACGUGCUAAAAUGCACGUAUGUGCAAACAUUUUUCUCUAGUCUCACUAAACACUGCUUGUAUAACUUAAAGCACCUUCACUGGUCUUGGCAGUCUAGAGGCCCAUAAUUUAAAGGUCUAAUAAUGUGCAGAAUCAUUAUCGAUCAUGAUGAAGUAGGUUUUGGUAACCAUCAAUCAAGGCAUUUCAAUGAUAUUCCAUAUUGAUAUUCCAUAGUGCCUAGGGACAUGCUUUUGAAAACUUUUUUUUUCCAAAACAUUUGUCUACUUUUUAUAUAUCUACCAAAACCCUUUGUCACAAAGUAUAGGAUUCUGCACAUGCUAAGUGCCAUAGUAGUAAAGUAUGGACAUUUAAAGUAUGAAUAGAAAUAAAGUUUGAUGAUUAAAUAUAUAAUUAAAGAAUUAGAAAGAUUGGCUUA